GCUAGCCUAGUAGCGAAGGCACAAUGGAGCCACUGAAUGUGCCUGAAUGGACGACUUGCAGACGCUAGGAAGCACCGCUGGGACGCCAGCGAUGCAAAUCCCGGCCCCUAGCGAGCUCCAUUAUGAUAGUCGAGGGGGCCACUUUCUCGUCAAGCGGCCCCGAAAUGGGUCUGUCACUUAGGCAUUUGACAGGUGGGGCUCGUUGAAGAAGCAGGUUUAACUGUUUGACGUGGUCAAUUGUCGACCAGUCCUGGAAACGCUACUGAUGUACUCUAAGGUUUGCAGCGGGAGUUCUCCGGAUUGCCGGGUCGUGGUUUAUAUCUGGUGUAGUGCGGUAUGCCCAGGGGGCAUUAGGAGAUUGUGGACGAGGAAUAUCUAAUUGAUCAAUACUUGAUUGAUUGAUUGUUUGUAUCCUACCAAAUGUCGACCAUCCAGCCUCUCUCAAGUGACCAUGUAAACCCAAGAAGCGUCCAUGAGUCCAUUCGCCAAGUUCUGCAUCAUGAGUUUCUCAUCACGGAACGAUUACUCCGUGCCAACAUCCGUGAAGGCCUAGUCCUGCCCAUCAUCGGCCUCAUCGCUCGCUUUCUGCCUGCGCCGGACCUCCUCCUGAUGACCCCCUGGACCCAGCUGGCCCUGGUGCUCCUCAAGACCUUCGUUUGCUUCCUCUGCCACCUGUACGUGUUCGAGAUCGUGAACCAAGUCCUCUCCGUCGAUGAAGACAUCGCCAACAAGCCGCACCGCCCGAUCCCGGCAGGCUUGCUCUGCAUCCCCGGGGCCUAUCGACGCUGGCUCCUGAGUUGGGCCAUCUGUCCCGUCAUUGCCAGCCACCUUGCGGGUCCGGAAGCCGCCGGCCUAUUCGGAAUAUACCAAGCCUGGGUAUACUUUUGCUACGUGUGGCCGAAGAUCAACCACUGGGUCUUCCGGAAUGCGUUUGCGUCGAUAGGCGCGUACAACAUGUUCCGACUCGUGGACACUAUCGUUCACAGCGAGAUCCCAUCCUUCCCGGUCAUGCCGAAGAAGGUCCUCCUACUCUUCUCGGCGUGGGUGGUGGCCACAGUACACGUGCAGGAGUUUCACGAUGCCGAGGGUGACCGACGCAUGAAGAGACGGACGCUUCCGGUCGUUGUUGGACCCAAGGGAGAAGGACUCCUCCGAGCAGCCACCGCAAUGCUCGUCAUCGGGUCAGGCGCUGUGCUCCUCGUUGCCACCUCUUCUUACACCCAGGGCUCUGCCCUCCCUCAUCAACAUUGGACGGUAGCGGGACUCGCCAUAACAGGCAUCCUGCACAAUAUCUUCGCAUGCAUAGUUGGAUUCCGGUGCGUCUGGCACGGCGGCGUUGCCUUCGAUCGCAAAACGUAUAAACGAUUUUACAUGUUGGCGGCGUAUACCAUGAUCUGCUAUUUGUCUUUCUGGCAGAUGACGAUGCAGGGGAUUUAGGUAAGGGGUUUGGCUGGGUAUGUCGAUGGCGGCAGUUCACGAGCUCCUUUGGAAACCUCACUCUCGAUCAGUUCCGGCAGCAUGAGCCGAAACAAAGAUCGGACGCUAUAUUCGUUAGCCAGGGCUGGUAAUAUAUAUAUACCGUAGAGAUGACUUACGAUUGAAACGCGUGUUUGUUUGUCUGUUUGUGUGCUUUUGCACGUGCUGCGGUCUAGCGUUUGCUUUCCUGACAUUUGUCAGCAUUGUAUUUGAAGAUAGAGGAGAAAAUAGUUCGGUUAGCUUACUCGAUCAAUGUCAUUUCC